AUGCACUGGACCGCGGCGCGUGGCCAGCUGUCCGGUCCUCAACACUCGCAACAACCUGCACCGCAGGCAUCUACCCAUGCUAGCCAGAAGCAGCAGCAGCACUUGCAUCAGAAUGGGUCUCGGGGGCUGAUCGCGGCCGGCAUGGGGGGCGGCAGUGCAGGGGUGAAUAUUUCUUCAGGUGCCGCCACCGGUGCGUCUGCUCCUCGCGCAAACGUCAAUAGCAACGCCUUUUAUAGCCCCCGCUUUGCCCAUCCGAUGGGCCCGCUACCGCCCGUCCAGAAUCAGCAGCAGCACCAACGCUCUCCUCGAUCGCUGUCAGGUACGACUCCCAAUAACGUCGUGAGUGGAAAUAGAAGUGGUCUGGAGACGAGCGCGCCGCUCGCCGGGCGCGAGGCCCCGGCCAUCGCGGGCGCAAACUCCGCCGCCGCGCACACAAGCUCUGCCGUAGUCGGAGUGUUCCUAAGCGGUACUCGCACCAACUUCACCGAUUUCGGUGCGGCAGCAGCGUACGGGCUCGGUCCCGGUGGCGUUGGCUCGCCGAGCGGGCCCACCGCCAACGCCGGCAGCAUCCUCGCAGAUGCAAAUGAUGAGGAGGUGAACCAGCUGUUACGGGAGCUAGAGUUCUCAGUUGACAGCCCGCACGCGUUGGCAGUGCUGCGAGACGCCGUGGAUGCCAUCGAAGCACGCGCGCUGGCCAACUUUGACCCCCUGUCUCGAGACACGUUCCUGGAGCAGCGCAUCCGCGAUGUUCUGACGGAGCUGUCGCGGACAUCGAACGAGCGCUCCCUGCUGCUCGCCGUGAGUCUCAUAGAGGCGUUGAUCCCGAUCGCCUACACCAGCCCUCACUCCAAGUAUACUCGUCUGUGCCGCAGUCUCUCGGUGUUGCGCCAGAGCGGGAAUGAGAAGGCCGCCAGGGAGGCGCAGCGGGUGUACAAGCUGCUGCUGGAGGCGGAUGCGCGCUACCCGGGGCCAGAGUCGCCGCUGAAGGCGUUUGUGCAGAAGGAGCUCCGCGAAAACUGCGAGCAGGCGCUCCUGCAACUCCACGGCCGCGUGCAGCAGGCGAAAGCGGCGUUUCCGGCGCAGUUCUUUUCUGUCAUGUUGGGCUGUGCCGCCACUGCGGAAGUGAACCCGCGCUACAUCUCUGGCAAAACUCGUGCACAGGCAAUUCAGCUCGGCACGAUGCUCACGGGCAGCCCCGAUCCGCUGCUCCGAAAAGCCGCCUAUGAGUGCCUCGUCGCCAUCUUCCGAAACACGAGCAACAUGCGACCCAACGAGCUGGUUCUGGAGAGCCGCCGUCUCUGCGAUGAGUGCAUGCGGACCCUGAACGCGAGUCAGCACAACGAGGGCCACGUUGUAUCGGCUCUGAAGGCGCUGCACGCCCUCCUGAGCAGUCGCGGGCUCUCGGCGAUCGACAGACAGGUGAUACCGCAGCUGUGUGUGCUCGUCACCGAGCAGCACCGGGUGUCCAAGUCUCUACUGGUGCGCAGCGCCGUGUGCGACCUUGUGCCCAUCAUUGCCCCGGUCGACAUUGCGUCUAUGCCGCGCCGCACCACGUACUGCGCGAUCAUCAUGGAGCCAGUGAAGAACGUGCGCGAUGAGCGCUUCAAGGCGCACGAGCUGCAUAAUGUGGCUUCCUUUGUCCGGAGUGUCGGGUACCGCGUGCUUGACGCUACAAAUCGCACAAACUUGGAGUCGAUCCUGCACCGCUACAUCUCCCGUCCGGAGACGCAGGAAGCUUGCUGGUCCAUCAUGGCGGCCAUCUGCGCAUCCUCGACGCCGGCCAGCGGAGGCACGGCAUCGGUGGCGUCCAUGGGCGGACGCCGCGUAGACUACGUUAGUACACCUACCACACUCCCGAGCCCCACAACGCAGAACACCCAUCAGGACCUCUCCUUGACGCCCUCCAUGGCUGAGGUGCGCAAGACCUCGCAGCACGCCAGCCGCGAAAACUUAGCCACAUCGCCGUCGGCGCUCCAGCGGCACUUCUCGUACCACCACGGUGACGACAACGACGAUCAGGCCAGCGCUCCACUUAUCUCCGUUAGGACCACCUCACAACGGUCGGGAGGCACGUGCUCCCUCAGUGCCUCCCCUACCUCGGCGAACGCACCAGCCUUCAACCUCUCCACCUUCAGCGCACACCACACGGUGACCAUCGACGAUGUUGUCCUGCGCUGCUUGCCGUAUCUCGCCCACGCCAUCCUGACCCAGUCACUAGUAGACUCCCUUCGUGUAAUACAAGCCACGUACCCGCAGUUGCGCGCUGAUGUGCAGACGGCUCUGGACAAGUUGGUGGAUAGCGUGCUGAAGGAGCCUUUCGCGGCGUCCGCGACGGUGGCGGCUGUCACACCUCCCCAGUAUUUUUCCCAGCUGCCAAGCUCCACGGCGCAGCAGGCGCAGCCGCAAGCCCACUCCCUUCACAGCCGUGACGGUGGCUUUGGGAGCGCGCCAAUGAACAGUGCCCCCCGCACCGCCGAGUCUCACCCGCUCAGCCCUGGUAGUGGCCCGGAGCCGGUCAUGACGUUAUCUCGUCCAGGGACAUGCAGCACACCGAUCGCUGGCGGGCCGGUGGGGCGGCUCACACAGUACUUUCGGCCGAGCGAGAGCGCGGCAAUGCACCGAAGCGAGGGCACCACGAACAGCCCGUCCCCGACCUCGCCGGUGGCAAUGCGCAACACCUCUGGGCCUUCACCCUCGGGCAACAACAGCUUCCUGGGCCCCGACACCGCCUACACCGUCGGCGGCGGCGACUCGAACAGCGGAGCCCCGUACGGUGCUGGCGGACCACUUCGCUACUCCCCGCUCUCCACGUCGAUGGGCACGCCCUUCAGUCCCGUGACGCACAUGGCGGCAGGUGGCGGAAAUGCCGCAACAGCCCCGUCGCCGCUGCUCAAGAAUGAAUUGACGGUGGCGCUGAAGUUGUUCACGGAGCGGCCCCUAACGUCGGUGCAGCAUCUGCAUGAUCUUAAGAACUCGGUGAUCGCCUUCCAGCGUCACGAGGAUCCGCUCGUGCGGCAGCAGAGCAGCGAGACGAUCAUCUCGAGCCUGCGGCAGUGGAUCGCCUACGCGAAGGAGCACAAGACCUCAACUUACUCCACACGCGUGACAGAGAUAUUGGAGGCGUACAUGAAGAACGUCCUGAUGGAGGUCGACCGCCAGUGCGGGUUGUACGAGAUUACGCUGCUGGCAAACGCCACGAACCUGCGCGCCUUUUUAUCAGAGCAACGCAUCCUAUCCUCCCUGCUGAGUUUCCUGAACAGCACAGCGCUGGUACGCGAGAAAACGGUGGAGCUGCUCGUCGCCAUCACCCAGGACUCCAAGCCCUCCCCCUCUGUCGUGGCGGUGCAGCAGAGCCUGUACGUCACCGUCGAAUCGUGUGUGGUGGUGCUCGAGUACACGAACGACGUGAGCAUGCUACUGCGCAGCAUGGCCGACCUGCAGACCUUUACCCGGCUGUGCAUCCGUCAGCUGAACAACCACCUCAGCCGCAUCUUCUACGCCUUUCGCAAGCGUCUUUUAGAGGUCAGUGUGCCGGACGUGGUGCUACUUUCCAUUCUCAAGACACUCGAGAUCAUCCUGCAGGCACUGGCGAAAGACGAGAAGACCAUCUUGCAGUACCAGGACGACGUGCUAGAGCUCUACGACCCGGUCGUGGAGAUACUGAAGCAGUCACCGUCGCCGACGCUGAGCCAUGCUGCCAUCAACGUUCUCGUGUACGUACACGAGAUGUGCAUCCCGAGUGCCUCGACGGAUCUGCGUAAGCAGCAGGAGCUGAUCACCGCGCUGACACACGUCUACACCAGCAGCACCUGCACUGUGAACGAAUCGCUGAGUAUGCUGACGCUGUUUGGCCAGCUCGGCGCCAUCGACCCCUCUGCACAGUCCGUUGCGACAACCGCAAAGAAGAAGGAGGAGGCCGUCAUCCAGGAUGAGGCUGACCUGGAGCUCACCUACGACUACACGGUGAUUGUAUACCGCACGCUGAGCCGCAUGCUGGACGCGUCACUCUCCGAUGCCGUCUGCUCUCAGGCUCUGCGCACCCUGCUCCAGUUCAUCCGCUUCACUCAAGACAAGAAGGACCUUGUCGGCGGCGUCCACGCCGUUCGGGCGGUGCUACAGAUCACAAAGCGCGUGACAGAUAGCCCGGCCCUGCGGGUGGAGGCUCUGCAUGUAUUGGCAGCCGUUACCGCCAUGCGGCAUGAGCGUAUUGUACGGCUAAUGUUGCCUGAAAUCGUGGUCCUGCUGGAGCAGCUGUGGACCCCGAAAGACCGUCCGCUCUUCCGCGCUGUCUUGGAGGUGGUGAGCGCGCUCAAGCCGGGAAAGCUGUCCGGCAAGGAGCAGUCAGAGUCGUGGGCGUGGCUGUAUCCGAGACUGGUGGACGUGGCCCUGCAGGACCGCACCGAGUCGCGCGAGUUCUGCCUCCGCGUUGUGGAGAUUGUGCUGAAUGCCAGCUACAUUCCGCCGCACUGCAUCCCCGUUGUGUUUCCGAUGCUACUUCAGUUCCUGCAGCAAUCAGACCAGCUGGUGGAUGUGCGCAGCCAGUCCCUGUGCGCCGCCGUGCACAUCGUGUGCGAGCUGAAGGCGGUGCAGUUCUUCUCGUCCCUGCUGCACGGCAUCUGCACCCUCACCCGGCACUGCGAGCUGAACGAGGAUCUGGGUCCGCGCCUCUCCACCCCCGGGGUGCGGGAGUCACUCAAGGUGUUGGCGGCACUGCACCCCAGCGGCCGCAGCACGAUCAAGAUGUUGCGUGACCGCAUCGGCGAGGGAGAUGAGCGCAUGACGAACCCGACCGGGCCCUCCAUAUUCAACACCAUGGGCAUGCCAGCGGCUAGUGUCACGAGUCUCGCCGCCGGGGGCCCCACCUCCUCGAUACUUGUCAUGGGGCCACCGACUGGCAACGUCGGCGGCGGGCAGGGUGGCGGACUGGGUGUAGCAAAUCCAGCGAAUUCAGGGAUUGGUUCGCUAGUCAACAUCAGCGGCUUUGGCGCCUCUGCCACUGGUGGCAGCCCAGCCGCAGGGGGCGGGGUGGCCAGUGGUGGGUCGUACCUGCGGCUUACAAACGUGUCGGGGCCCUUUGCAGGGGCUGAGGAAGAGGACGGAGGGCUGAGCCUCAGCGCUGACACGGCAGGCCAGGAAGUCGACCUCUUCAUGAAGCAUGUGGAACUGGGCUUCCGUCUCAAGGAGAACAAGUUGCGGGAGUGGUUCGCCGAGUUCCAGAAGUACAUCAUUCUCAUCUCCCCGCACCCGGCGUUCCGUAUGAUGGUGGACCUGCUUGACAAGCAUGAACCCCUUCGCCGCGGGCUCUUCUUGCCUUCGUUCAAGUGCCUUUACGAGUCACUGUCGGCUGACCAAAUCAAGAAGCUGAACGAGAUGCUGGCCCUCGUACUGAACUGCUCUGAUCACGAGCUGUCGAGCAAGUGUCUCGGGCUCGCUGACUACCUCGACCAUAACGAGCCGAACGUGAAGCCAGAGGUGCUGGAGGUGGUGCGGUCGAUGCGGCGAGUCGACUAUCAUCACGUCAGUCACCCCUCCGAGAACGGGUCGCCUCUUCUCCGCAGCACGGCGAGUAGCACGAACAACGUCAUCUCUCUACGCACCCGCAGCUCCCCGUCACCAGGGCUGCAGAAGGCGGAGUUCUCUACUUCCAGCGACGCUCCCAUCGAUCCGCUGCACAUGGCAAAGGCACGGGGACGGAAAGUGCUGGUUUUCCAGCGCAACUCAAACACCGGUGCCGGGGUAGCAGGCGAUGACUCCGGAACGGCAGGUGCCGAAGCCAGCAGUGGUCCCUCAACGGCACUUGCCAGCCCCAAAAACAGCGCAAACGGCCACCGCAGUGCCUCUCGCCGCGAUGUGGACAUGUACGAGUUCACCUCCUUUGACGGCAACGAGAAUGACGCCACCGAGUCUGGACGGCAGCAGACGCAGCCCAUCGUCUUGCCGAUGUCGCAAGCACCGCCCCAGGAAGAGGUGGAGCGGCGCAGCUGCUCGCCCGUGGACACGCUCGAUGGGGCAGAGAGCGAGAGCAAGGUGGAGGACGUGGUGGCCCCCGUCAGCACCGACCAUCGGUCGGUUGAAGUGCUAGGCGUCGCGGGAGUACAUGUCAUGGGAAGCUACAGGCCCCUUGUGAACUCCGUCGUGCGUCGUUGCGACCCGCACGCCCCGCAGGAGUCGGGGGCGACCAGCCACUUUCACAUCAUCAGCACUGCUAGCACUCACAGUAACGACUUCAGCAGCGACAGCCGUGAUGGUGAUCUGCCGCCAGCCGGAGCCCACAUCCCGGCGCAGCCAAACAUGCUCUUCUCGACCGAGGACAUCGUCCGCGCUGCAGAGCGGACCCGUAUGUACGACAAGGCGCUCAGCUAUCUGGAGAACCGUCUUCUGGCCAUGCUCAACCUCUACCGGUACACGAAGAUGCCACGAGAGGUGAUCCACAAGACAGUGUGGCCGCUGGCAUGGCUUUACAGCCAGCGUGAAAUGCAGGACUCCGUCGUAGGACUCUUCCGCGCUAUCCGCUACGAAGGCGGCGAGGACCAAGCAGGCUUCGGCUACGAGUUGCUCUGCUGGUGGAGCAAGGCGCAGCACACGUACGCCAAGUCCAUCACGCAGCAGGCGAUACGCGAUAUGGCAGUGCCGCCGCACAUUCUAGAAGGCUACGUGCGCACUCUCACCCUGUGCGGUGAGUGGAGCCGGGCCUAUGACGUGGCCAUGCAGGUCUGUUCACGGCCGGAGGCGUACGUUUCCUCGACGGUCGCGCGCUGCGGUGCAACGGCCGCGUGGCUCCUCGGGCGGUGGGAUGACGUCCAACACCUCGCGGAGCGGCUCUCCAUGUCGGAGCAGCACACCACGGCGCUCCGCCUCUUCUUUCUCAACGGCGUGGCGCUGAAGAGCGCCAUUACGGAGCACAGCAGCGCCUCCUACGAGAACCUGCGACACAUGAUCACACAGUCGAAGCUCGUGAUUGACGAGAGCCUGCGCACUCUUCUCCCCCUCAGCUACACGCAUGCCUACGAGAGUCUGACGAUGCUGCAACACUUCACAGAGAUGGAGGAGAUGAUCGACUACUGCCACUGCCGCUCUACCAAGGGUCGUCAGCAGAUCUACGAGCGGUGGAACAACCGGUUCCGCUCACUGAAUCCGGACUCCCUGCAGCCGAGCCUGCUCUCCCUGAUGCUGCACUCGCUCGUGCUCAGCACAGACGAGAUGGCAGACAUGAUUCUGCACUUCUGUGAGACGCGGCAGGCAAGCCACCCGCAGCUGGCGGAGUGGGCCAUGAGCUGGCUUCGACACGGCUCCUUCAGCGGGCGCAGCAGCAACCUCUGUAGUCCAAGUGCGGCAUCACCGGCGUCACAGGGGCCCGUGGAGGGCAUCACGGUGGCGACGCUGUCAUCGGCGGACAAGAAUCCAAAGGUAGCUGUCGGCUUCAUCACGCAUCUGUGGAGUCAAGGAAAGCGGCAGGCCGCUGUUGAGUCCAUGGAGAUAUUUCUGCGCAACUGCGGCAAG